CGGGUAUAUGUUUCCAAAGAAAGCCCGUCAGCGGAGUUGCGAAACAUGGUAGAGUUUGUUGUGAAAGUUUAUGCACCAUUCUGGUUUCUUGUAAAGAGCCAGCCACAAGCAAUUCAUGGAAGUAGACACGUUUUUAAGUAUAUUUGCUGGAUACGCGAACUAUCAAAUGCUGUUCAAGCCAUUAUACGUUCAGCUAUAGAAAAUAAUGCAUAUUAUUUUCACCCAGAAAAUAUAUUAUUAGCCAUGAUAACCGACGCUGAUCCAGAGAUACGUAAUGAUGGGUACGAAAAAAUCAAAACAGCACGUCAAUAUCCACCAGCAGGGCUUCGCGUGUUCAAGGUCCCAAAGCAUGGCGUAAUAAACUUUGAAAGUAAGUCGUAUGUCAGCAUGAUCGAUUGGAGUCAGUUUAAGAUUACGGAACCCCCUUGUGUGCAGUUCUACCCAGAUAGUGAACUUACAAUGUUUCAAUUUUCGGAAAAUGAAGUGAUAAAUAUCCCAGAGUUCCUCUGUCAUUCCCAGAAUACCGAACGGUUUGUGCGUGUUGUUAGUGAGUCUGCAAGUGCUGUCACUGAUGAAAAGCGCCUGGGCCACAUUUUUGCAAAAUUAGAAAGCCGAGACCAAUAUAAAAGCCUUGAUUCGCGCCAAAAUUUGCUUAAGUAGCAAUAAAUAUUGUAAGUGAAAUAACUUUU